AUGCUUAUUGAGUUGUACAGAGUUCCGCUAAAAUCUAGAAGAUGGUAUCUUAGGAUAUUUGGCUGGUUGAUUGAUCUUGCUGCCGUAAAUGGCAAAUGGUUGGUUUACAGACGAGAAAGUGGAAAGAAUAAGCCAUGCCUAAAAGUUUUUCGUACCAUGAUAGCCGAAGGUCUACUGGCCCUGAAAAAGAAUCCAUCUUCCCUAGAAAACGUCCCAUCCAAGAAAAAAGCUGUCAUUCCUGGACCAGUAGAAGAUUUUAGAUACGACGAAAUUGGCCAUUUUCCGAUUUAUGCAAAUAAAGAGAGUUCAAAAGUGUUAGAGUAA